AUGUCUCGCAAUCUGAUCGUCAACAUGUUCUUCAACUCCCCCGAGAUUCAAAUACUCGGCCCAGUGCAAGAGAACACCAUCGAGAGACUCAACAAUGUACUUCCUGCCUCGACAACGUCCACUCGGAGUAUUCGCAACAGUCAGCCAAAGUUCGAGUACUUGUCGAAUCCUGAUCACUGGAGGAUUAAACUGGACGGUCAGUUCUGCGACUCCGAGGGUGUGUCGCGCUUGAUGGUUCUUUUACUGGAUGCGCUCGAGGAGGAGGGUGGCUGGACGCUUGUUUCGUCAAUGGCCUCCUCUCCUCAUACUUGCGGUACGCUGCAGCAAGAUACCGUGGAGAACUACAAGUUUUUCUUCUCCAGGUACGAAGACGAUGAGUGA